UGACCAACAGUCAGUUUGGAGCUGAAUGAAAACGAAAACAACGUUGGAAAAAAUUAAGAAAAGCCGGCAAUGGAUCUCGAAUUGGAUGUUAUAGAUUCUUUAGAUGCGCUUGGCUAUAAAAAUGUUGAGCAAAAGAGUCUAAGUCAAUACUUAGACAGUGGCAUAGGCAAUCCAGAAUUGCGUGAAUUGAUUUACUGGCUUGCCAAUCAAUUACAUGUGCUGAGGAAGACCGACGAGCAUUUAGCCUCCAGCAGCAAGGACCAUAACGAGUUUGUUUUCGAACUGUCUCUACUGCUCACUGAGCUAGGAUGUCCCUACCGGCAGUUCGUCGCAGUGCCCAUGUCGGAACGUUUCCAGACACGAGAAUCCCUUCUGCACCUUCUCGAUUAUCUUACAUCAGAGCUCAUGGCCACAAAGAUGUCGCUGAAGCUGCAGCCUGUCGAGCCGCCCAGUAAGAAAUCAAAGACUGAAUCCCAUCUGCAGGACGCUGUGAUGCAAUUGACAACUGACCUCCAGCUGGGCGAGUUGCCGAAAAACAUCAAUGCCAAAGUGCUAUUCGAGCGAAUGAUGCCUAAGCUGGUACAACGGCUGAAGCAAAUAAGCUCGGCGGUGAUUAGUGAGCCCUUGAUGAGUACUAGCAAGCCAUUGACCGAUGCUCAGUGGCGUGUUCUGGAGACCAUGCACAGAGAUCUGGACGCCGAGUAUAAUCUGCGCCGUCAAAUGAUGUUAACCCGUUUGGAAGCGACUGUUCAAAGCUUUCAAUGGUCGGAGAGCAUGAAAAAUCGUCAAAACGAGAUUGGCGAACGCUUUCAACAUAAGCUUAAGGAAAUCGAAAAGCUACAAUAUGGCGGGGAUGACACCAACAUUGUGGCGCUGCUGGCAGCGCGCUCGGAUUUGGCGAUCAUUGAAAAGACAAGUUCAGUGAAUGUGCGCAAGAAUACGGCAUCUAAGAUAGAGAAGCAUGUGAUUGGUAGUGUGCCUGAUCGUGGUGGACGCGCCAAUGAGCAUGCUCCACCGCCGCCAGAGAUGCCAUCCUGGCAACAGCAACGUGCCGGUGGACAAGGAGGCGGUCGUGGUGGUGGAGGCGGUGGCGGUGGUGGCGGUAAUUUUCGUGGUGGACGCGGUGGUGGUGGUGGUGGCCGUGGCGGCGGACGAGGUGGUGGACCCCAAAACUGGAAGCCACAAUAUCAGGAACAACAGCCGCAACAGCAGCGCGACCAGUUUAUCAAUAAUAGCGGACGUGUGCAAGGCUCUGGCUGGAAUCCUCAAGGUGGAGGACGCGGUGGUGGCGGUGGGGCUUACCAUAAUGGCGGACGCGGUGGUGGCGGCGGCGGCGGUUACAAUCAGCGCUACCAGGGCGACUAUCAACGUGGAGGUUUCCGUUGACCAAUCUGGCCGAAAGCAAUAACUCAACGCAGCCUUAUAAUAGUUACCAAUAUUGAUAUUUAUUUAUGAUUUCAUAUGUUAGAAACUUCCAUAGCUUUUACUCACCCCUCCCCGCUUGUCUAUCACCUAAUUGAACACCUAAACGAAUCCAAUUGUUAAUUGUUAAUGGGGAGCAACGAAAUAACUAAACAAUUGUGUCAUCUAGAUAA